UAAGUUUAAAACAUAUCUUUGCGUGUAUUUUGAGUUUAUAUAAGAUUUCUAUGACAGGACAUAUGCUCUUUAUUUUACAUACAUGACUAACCUUUGGAUUAUAUAACUUUAAAAUGUAAGCACCGAUAACUUUUCAGUCACUGGAGGUAACAAAGCAGACGGGUAGCCUUUCAGUAACCGUACUGCGCAGGUACCCUGUCGCAAAAGAAUAAACGUUUUCCGGCAGUGAUUUACGUUAGUCAUUGCAAUGAGGUACAACACCUCGGUUUUCGUGGUACUUUUUACCUGAGUGUGUCUUUUACAGGUAUGGACACUCAAUCAAACGGGGCACGAUGGACCCCGUAGUGCUGAGCUACCAGGACAGCCUGUUGCGGAGCACCGAUGUGUCCUUACUGGAAGGACCUUACUGGCUCAACGACCAAGUCAUCGGUUUUGCCUUUGCGUACUUUGACGCCGAGCGCUUCCAAACCCUGGGGGAGGCCGUCACCUUCAUCAGCCCGGAGGUCACCCAGUUCAUCAAGUGUGCUUCCUGCCCCAACGAGUUGGCCCUGUUCCUGGAGCCGCUGGAUCUCGCCUCUCGCCGAUGGGUCUUCCUUGCCGUUAACGACAACUCCAACCAGAGCGCCGGGGGUUCCCACUGGAGCCUUUUGGUCUACCAUCACGACUCCAACCACUUUGCGCACUACGACUCUCAAAACGGCAGCAAUUCGCAGCACGCGCGGCGCAUCGCCGUCAACCUGGAGCCCUUCUUGGGCACGGGGAGAAAAGCGGCGUUCGCGGAGGAGCUCUGCCCGUCCCAGAAGAACAGCUACGACUGCGGCAUGUACGUGAUCUGUAUCGCGGAGGCCCUGUGCGAGAAGACCAGGGUGGAGGGCUCGCCACGCCUUCCCGUGCGGAUCAUCACCCCGGCCUACAUUACCCAGAAGAGGGCCGAGUGGUGCAGACUGAUCCAGAGUCUCGCUCAGAAUAACCUCUGUAGCGCUCUGUCCUUUCCUUAGCACGUUGACUGCCCCUCACAAUAAUCUGCUGCUGGAGCUACCGAUUGCACUCCUUGGAUACAGUAAAUGCCUACUGUUGACAUGUAUUUCUAUUACUAUCAUCCUUAAUAAUAGAGAAAAAGGAUUUAAAAAAAAAAGAAAAAGAUAAUACAUCUUAUUUGAUUCUUUGAGAAGGUGGUGUCAUGUUUCUGGCUUGUAUCUAUCUACACAGCAACGUACAAUAUGUGAACCUGAAUGCCAGCAUGCCAAGAAGAAAUGUACUCCUGUGUGCGUACUUUAGUGAGGGUGGAGAAAAGGAGGCACAGACUUUCUCCGUUGUAUUAGUUUGGGGCGAAUGUCGAAAAUGUUUACACAGACUAUUGCUCAGGGUCAUUUCAAAUGAACUAGAAUUGACGAUAAAAAUGUGAAACCUUAACUUUUGGCUCCCGCUUCGUGUCACAUGUUCAUUCUGUCUGUUUUGAACACAACGACGAGCUUUUAAAGCACAUUGCUGUACGAGGAUGAGCCGGGCACUGUGUGUUGUGGCGGUUAUUAUGGGACGAAAGGCGACGUUGAGAGGUGGAAUGUAUGAAAUGCUCUCACAAAAAGCAUCAAUCUCAUAGUCUGUCGAUCUAAUAAACUUUAUUGUUACAUUUUUGUUGACAAAAUAAAUGGUAAAUGUGC